CGGCUAUGUUGUCUAGUUUGUAAAUUGAUUGAUCGAGUCUAUCGUAGCCUAGUCCACGAACACAUGUCUAAACCGGAAGUGAGUGAGAGGGGAUUGUAAGAAAGAUGGUGGCGACCAGAAGAGGAGUACGCGCGUGCUCCCCUACGAAAUCCAACUCCGAUGAAUCCACCGAUGUCUCUGCUACCCCAUCCAGCUGUAGAAGGACCGGCAGGAGGACGGCCAACAGGGAGCAGACUGCCUCUCAGCUGCCCAUGACCCCUGUGGGUGCUGGUGGGGAAGAGGGGGUCCCUUCCACGCCUCUCCAGGACCAGAGCUCCACCGUGAAGAGGAGAACCAGGGCGUCCAGGCUUCAGUCCCACCGGCUAGACUCCACACAUGAGGCGGACGUGUCAGACUCUGAGUCCUCCUGCUCCGCAGCGUCGGACGUGGACCACCCGAUCCUGCGCAGGGGGCGGAGGAAGACCCCGGGCCGCUCGUCCAAUCCGUGCGUAAAUCUCUCAGAUGUAGACUCCUGUUCGUCGGCGACGUCAGCGUCCAGGGUGGGGCCGCUUGCACGCCGUGGCACCAAAAGGGCAGCGGGCUCUGGCCAAUCAGACUCGAUCCCGGUGGAGUCUGAGGAGGAGGGGAAGGAGGAGGGGAAAGACUCGUGCAGCUCUGCGGCGUCAGACACCCAGAGAGUGACCCGGAGCCUGAGGAGAAGCGCCAUCACUCGCUCCCUCGCCAGCCGCCGCGCCGAGGACGCGGGGGACGUGUCGGAGGUCGACAGCUGUGCCUCCAGCCUCUCUGCCGCCCCGUCCACGAGCAGACGCCCCGCCCGGGGCAGGACCGGCCGCUCCACCCAGCCCAUCCCCAUGCACCUGGAGAAGGCCUCGGACCUCCCCCGCUCCCCUACCCCCAGCCGGAGGACCAGGACCCCAGUGGCAGACCCGGGGGCGUGGGACUCGGAGGGCUUCGAGUCCGGCCCCAGCGUGACCCCCAGGAGGUCUACCCGCAAAAGAACCGCGCCCAGAUACGCCUGCUCUGGGACGACGGACUCCGACGAGUCGUUGAACGUCUCCCCGUCUGUCAGCACCAGAAGGGGGAGGGGCAUCCCCUGCAGCAAGACUGUCUCCGUCACCAGGCUGUCCGUGGUGGUGGAGAGGACCAUAGUCUCUGUCACGGAGGAGAGCAGGGGGGGGCUGGAGGAGGGGGCCCACAUGGUAGAGAUGUCCACAGAGAAGCCCUGCCACCUGGGGAAGGUGAGCGUGUCUCGGGGGCAGGAGGAGGAGAGCGUGCUGGAAGACUCGAAGCUGGACGCCACGAUCGGCCCUGAGGACGUGACCCUAACUCUGGAGGAGGAAGAGGAGGAGGUCAUCGACCUCAUUGACCAGGACGAAACAGAUGACCCCCGAGGUUUCUGCCAAGCAGAGGAGAGCCAGAGAGGGAGUGUGAUCGUAUCAGGGGAGGCGCAUGUGGAAGAGUCAGAGGCUGCUAGUGAACCGCUUCCAUCGCAGGCAGACACACAGGCGGCGUGUGGACCUGCAGUGGCAGCGGCUGACCAGCAGAGGGGGCAGUCACACUCUGCUUCGUCGACAGAGGAAGAUGUGGGGGCGAUGACACGGGAAACAGAAGCUGGACCUGAACCAGAGCUCCGUCACGGAGACACAGGGGGAGUGACUGUGUGCUACGUCCCUGUGACAGCAGGAGAGGAGGGGCAUGAAGAGGAGGCCAUGGAUAUUGCUGCAUCAUCACGUGCACACAGCCCAGAGCUGAAUGCAGAUGCCUGCCAUCUUGUUCUGAGUGAAGAAGAAGGGGAGCUGGAAAAGGUGGAGGGGAAGGCCCAGCAGGGGGAGGUGGUGGUGGUGGAGGAUGAGGAGGAGGAGAAGGCAGAAGAGGAGAAGCAGAAAGAGGUGGUGGUGUUAGAGGAGGAGGAGGAGGAGGAGGACAGGGUUGAAGAAAAGAAGCAGGAAGAGGUGGUGGUGGUGGUGUUAGACCAGGAGGAGGAGGAGGAGGACGAUGUUGUGGUGUUGGAGGAGCAGCAGCAGAAGGACGUGGUGGUAGAGAGGAAGGAGGCACAGGUGGCAGUGUUGAAGGAGCAGGAGGAGGUGGCCAAAGAGGAGAACCAGGAGGUGAAUGUGGUGAUUGAGAAGAAGGUGGACAGUGUGUUGGUGGUGAUGGAGGAGGAGGAGGAUGUUGUGGUGUUAGAGGAGCAGCAGCAGGAGGAUGUGGUGGUAGAGAGGAAGGAGGCACAGGUGGCAGUGUUGAAGGAGCAGGAGGAGGUGGCCGAAGAGGAGAACCAGGAGGAGGUGAAUGUGGUGAUUGAGAAGAAGGUGGACAGUGUGUUGGUGGUGAUGGAGGGGGAGGAGGAGGAGAUGGAGGUGUCUGUUUCAGCACCUGAGACUGUCGAGGCGGGUUCAGAAGCCGCUAUCCUGCCCCCCCAGGCCUUCCUCCCUGAGUCCAUCCAGGUGAACUCCAGCCAGAAGCUCAAGGUUGUCGUGUCAGAGGUCACCCAGCAGCCCUACGACUCCAUCAUCAUCCAGAAGGCGAAGGUGGUCAGUCUGCUGGACAGCAGCGAGGAUGAGGAGGAGGAUGAGGAGGUGUCUGGCCAUGAGGAGGAAGAGGAGGAUAAUGAAGACCUUGCCGGACCCUCGCAGAGCGAGCCUGUCUCUGACGGUCUGUUUGUGAUUGACACACGGCCGGGCCAACGGGAUGGACGGUUUUACCAAGAGACCCCGGAAGAGGCGGAGACAGCUGCAGAGGAUGAGGAAGAGUUUGUGGAUGAAGAUGGUGACGAUGAGGAGGAUGACGAUGACAGGGCGCUCUUUACUAUCAAGAGCCAGAACUCGAUGGCGCUGUCUAGCCGGAUCGACACAGGCCUCAGAGCCCGGCAGCUGGGAGGUUUGUACGUCUGUUUCGAUGGUGGCAAACCGAAGAACGCAUCCAGCAACGACCCCCAGAAGAAGAAGCAGAAGAGCGACGACCAGGUGAUGAAGAAGAGUGUGAUUGGUCCAGAGUUUGAGAAGCAGGACGCGGUUCCUCCGUACAGCGAGUCCAAGCAGGCCUCGAAGCUAAAGCGCAAGGCGGAGAAGGAGAAGACCACAGGAGAUGGUUGGUUCAACAUGCGGGCCCCUGAGAUGACCACAGAGCUGAAGGGAGACCUUAAAGCCCUGAAGAUGCGAGCAGCCAUGGAUCCCAAGAGAUUCUACAAGAAGAACGACCGCGAUGGAUUCCCCAAGUAUUUCCAGGUGGGCACGGUGGUAGACAGUCCUGUGGAUUUCUAUCACUCUCGGAUCCCCAAGAAGGACAGGAAGCGGACCAUGGUGGAGGAGCUGCUGGCUGAUGCAGAGUUCAGACACACAAACAAGAAGAAGUAUCAACAGAUCAUGACAGAGAAGGCUGCUGUGGGGGCUGGCAGAAAGAGGAACAGAUUUUUGAAAAAUAAAAAGAAAUGACUCUAUAAACAGUGUGGUGUAAUAAAGAUUAAGAUAUUAUCCAGAGUUUGUACUUUUUGUACUUUUUUUUAUACAUACAAGACACUGCACCUUUUAUUUGGGCAGAUGACACUACAAAGGAUUGUUACUGGAAACACUGUUUAUGAGUUUACAACAUGUGUCACUAACACACACACACACAGGAGAAACCCUGUGAUGUUUAAAUUAUUUUCAGGUGUACAUAAACAAAUUAUUUUUAUAUAUCUAUAUCAAUUGUGAAAAUGGAAAUGCAAAUAUGACUGCUAUGAAAUAAAAUGAUAUACUAAGACAAAUGUACUGCUGUUUUAAAGUGAUGGUAUGGUGAUGUAGACCACAUUUUAGAAAAUGUUAUGACCAAUACAAGUAACUGGUUUCGGUUAUGUGAAGCUUAUUUUAUAAAGAACAUGUUGUCCAUUUAUACUUGCAUCUGUCCAAUAAACAUCUGUUUAACCAGCA